AACCGUGGCCCAUAUAUGCAGAUUGGACUCAAAGUCCCACUUUCUUCCCGGCCCAUUAUCACCCGUCCCACUGGUCUUCGUCUUGUCCAAACUGCUCUCUGUGGAGUGUGGAUAAGGCGCAAAGGCAAAUCUCUGAAGUUAACACUGCACAGACCUUUUCUCUCAGCUCGCAUUGCCAUGGCUGCUCAGCCUCUGACUGGCAGCUUCCCCUCCAAACCAUUAGUCAAGCAGUCUAGAACGCCGUCUUCGUCUCUCUCUCUCAGCUCCCUCGAGUCGAAGCUUUUCGGUCUCCGGUUAUCCAAGCGGACCAAGCCUGACUUCGCCAGAAUCACCCUCUUCCUCACCUCGCGGAGCUCCAUCACCGCACGCUAUGGCGGCGGAUCCCGCUCCUCGGGGUCUGACGAUAGGCGGUCUAGGCAGAGCGACUCUGACGACGAGAAAGCUCUCGAUAUAUCGGCCAUCAGGUCACCUACUGUGAGGUUGAUCGAUCAGCAGCAUAUAAUGGUUGGUGUGGUGUCUAAGCUUGAGGCUAUUCAAAUGGCUGAGGAUGCUGAACUUGACCUGGUAAUACUGUCCCCUGAUGACGACCCACCUGUUGUCAAAAUAAUGGACUACAGUAAAUACCGCUAUCAACAAAAGAAGAAGAAAAAGGACCAGCAGAAGAAAAGUGCUGCUAGUCGCAUGGACUUGAAAGAGCUCAAAAUGGGUUACAACAUUGAUCAGCAUGACUACUCUGUGAGGUUGAAAUCGGCAAGAAAGUUCUUAGAGGAUGGUGAUAAGGUUAAGGUGAUAGUGAACUUAAAAGGCCGGGAAAAUGAGUUCAGGAACAUGGCCAUUGAACUAAUCAGACGUUUCCAGAGUGACAUUGGCGAGCUCGCAGCAGAGGAGAGCAAAAACUUAAGUGACCGGAACAUGUUCAUAAUUUUGGUUCCCAGCAAAGCUGUGCUGCAGAAAGCUCGAGAUCCUCCAAAGAAGAGAGAGAAAUCUUCAGCAAACGAAGUAUCAGCAGGUAUAUGAGAAUGGGAAAUAAUUGAUGUAGAUCAGCUUGCCAAUCUUCUUCUUAUUUAUAUCCUUUUGAUAGGUCGUAAAGUUUUGGAUCUUUGUAUAGCAUUCAGUGUAAUACAUAACAGCUUGUACAAGAGUUGCUGAGUAGGAUCCGGGUAACAAAAGCAAGCCUCUGGAUUGAGUGAUGAGAAGAAGUUGGUGUAAAAAUCAUGAGAAGUAAAUUUUUCCCUGCUGCAGCGAAUGCACGGGCAUUAGCUUUCGAGAUAUUGAAUGUGUUUGGAUUUAGAGUUGAGUUGAGUUUUGAUUUUAA